AUGGAAACAGCAACUCUAAUUGCCAUCUCUAUAUCUGGUUUACUUGUAAGUUUUACUGGGUAUGCCUUAUAUACUGCCUUUGGGCAACCCUCCCAACAACUAAGAGAUCCAUUUGAAGAACAUGGGGACUAG